AUGGCCAAAGGUGCCGUGGUGGACGGCGAGGAUCCAGACCUUGACCAAGUUAAGGAGGGAUCGCUCGUGCGAGUGGAGAAAGUGCUGGAGGUGGCGCCAAACCAGAUCAAUGCCCUGCUUGGUAACCAACAGGUGUCGCUCUUCCUGGCGUCGCCUUCAGCCUCUCGCUUCGAGGAAGGGGAUGAGGAGGAAGAUGAUGCGCUUUCACCCAGAGCACCUCCUUUGUCGGAGGAUUUGGAGCCUGGUUCGGAGGCGGUUCCCGAGCCGGGGGAGAAUGGCUCGCCAGAGCUGCCAGAGGUCCUGGCUGCUGAAGAGAAAGAGGAGACGCAACCUUUGAAGGAGGCUGUCGUGUUGCCGCUGCCCACGAUUGAAAUCCAGCCUGAGCCCGUCUCCCCGACGAGCGAAGUGCCCGCACCUAGCGAAGCUGCGACAUCAGAGGCAAAACCGCACACGGAGAAGCCCUCUGUAUACUAUGCCGGCAUCGUAACGCCCAGCAGCCGCAGCCGCUCUGAGGGUGAAAUGACGCCUAUAAAGAGAAUGAAGCCCAAAUCUCAGGUGCAGUACCAUCCGCUUCGACAUGAUGGAACAGAUGGACCACGUGAAGAGUUCCAACCCCUCGUUCAGACCGUGCAGGAUGUGGCCGGUGACGAAGAUCGGCGCGACACGGGUGACCAGCCCGAGCCCGGCAUGCCUUCGGAGGCAGAGGCCCCAAUGGAGGAUGCGGCGCCUGCAGCGCUCCCGCCAGAAGUGGCGGAGGGUGAGCCCGAAGCGGACCGAGGCGAAGAAGAUGCCGAUGCCAAGUCCAUCACGAGUGCUUCUUUCGAGCUUGGCAUCGUCUACGUUCUUCGCCAUCCUGCCUUCGUGUCACCCAGGGCUGACGUCUUCGAGCCUGACGAUGAUGAGCUGAUUGCAGAGCUCGAGGAGGGCGAGGAGAUCGAGCUGGUGGAGAUCGUUGGCUUUUCCGAAGAGGGACGGGUGCGUGGGAAGCUGAAGUCUCCGGAAGGUUGGAUCACCUUGAGGAACUCGGCCACGGGCACAAACUGGGUCGCCGGCUAUUCGGACAGGGGCGCAAGUGACCAGGCGUCCCAGGAGAGCGGCCAGGUGUCACAGGAGGGCAAGUCGGACGCAUCAGUCUCAGAGGAUCCGACAGCGCCGUACAAGAAGGGAGUCUACAUUCUUGUGCGUGCCGCGUAUGUCGCGCACGAUGCCGAUAACUUCGCACCCGAUGACGACGAGCUGGUUGCAAGGGUGGAGGAGGGUGAAGAAGUAGAAGUCGUAGAGGUGGUCGACUUUGUGGAGGAGGACAGAGUGCGUGGCAGGAUCCUCGAGCCAGGUGGUUGGAUUACCCUCCUGAACAGGAUCACAGGCACGGAGUGGAUUACGCCGAAGGAUCCUGGGGACCAUGGCAUCCCAGGCGACAGAGACGAAUCUUCCGAAGGCGAGGAAGGCGAUGGGCCGUCGAGGCACGAAGGGAAGGAAGAAGCGGACACGAACCCUGUUGACAGGAUGAACUUGGAGGAGGAGGAUGCGAGCCACCUGGCCGAAGUGAGUCGGCGGAAGGCAUCCGAAUUGGAACAGGAGCUGGGCAUGCUGGAGUCCCCACGGGCCCUAAUCGAGGAGCCCUACGAAUCGGGCAUUUACCUCCUUGUGCGGUCCGCAUUUGUGGCAUACGACGCCGACAACUUUACCCCAGACGACGACGAGCUCGUUGCAGAGCUCGAGGAGGGUGAAGAAGUCGAGGUUGUAGAGGUGAUCGAUUUUGUCGAGGACGACCGAGUGCGAGGCAGGCUCCGUGAUCCAGAUGGGUGGAUCACGCUCGUGAACAGAGCGACCGGUGCCAAAUGGGUCACCCCAAAGGAGUCCGGCAACGACUUUCGAGGUGCCUCAAAGACCGCCGCCUCAGAGCCAGGUGAGCAAGAAGAAGGUUCCCACUCCGAAGACGAGGAUGGCAACGAGCCUUCCAGGCACCGAAGAGUGGCCGACGAGGAAGAUGAGAGCCCUGCAAUGAAGUGGACUUCUCCAGAGGACGCCGCGAGCAUCGAUGCAGAGGCAGAAGGCGGGCGGAAGGCAUCAGGCUCACAGGGGGAGGACGAGGAUCCAGUGCCCUUCGAAACUGGAUCCUACAUUCUUCUGCGAACUGCAUUCGUGGCAUUGGAUGCCGACAACUUCUCGCCCGACGACGAGGAGCUUGUUGCAGAGCUUGAGGAAGGCGAAGAAGUAGAAAUUGUGGAAGUGGUGGACUUUGUCAAGGAGGAGAGAGUGCGGGGCAGGAUCCGCGACCUCCACGGAUGGAUUACCCUCCUGAACAGAGCCACGGGCACCGAAUGGGUCGCCCCGACAACCCAGGUGCCUUCCAGCAAGGACACGGUGGGCAACGAUGCCCGAGGCGAAGAGGAGGCAUCGCACGCGCAGAAGGAGGAUCCGCCAGUGCGCUUCAAACCGGGAUUCUACACUCUUCUGCGACCCACAUUCGUGGCACUUGAUGCCGACGACUUCUCGCCGGACGACGCGGAUCUUGUUGCGAAGCUGCCGGAGGGUAUGGAAGUAGAAAUUGUGGAAGUGGUGGACUUUGUCAAGGAGGAGAGAGUGCGGGGCAGGAUCCGCGACCUCCACGGAUGGAUUACCCUCCUGAACAGAGCCACGGGCACCGAAUGGGUCGCCCCGACAAGCCCGGCUCAGGAAUCGGUGGAUGACAAUUCCCAAGGUGAUUCCCAGAGAAAUGCUUCCUCUGACGUUGAAGCUACCAGUGAACAUUCCAGGCCACCCACAGUCGUCGACGACGGUGUGGAUGCGACCCCCGGCUCUGAAAUGGAAGACUCCCUGCAGGAUGGCGCAAGUGUCGGUGCAGAAGAUGCAGGCGACCGGGAGGCGUCACACUCCGAGGAAGAGGAUUCGUCAGUGCAGUUCAAAAAGGGGUCCUAUGUUCUUCUGCGACCCGCGUUUGUGGCACUUCAUGCCGACGACUUCUCUCCGGACGAUGACGACCUUGUUGCAGAGCUGGAGGAGGGUAUGGAAGUAGAAAUUGUGGAAGUGGUGGACUUUGUCAAGGAGGAGAGAGUGCGGGGCAGGAUCCGCGACCUCCACGGAUGGAUUACCCUCCUGAAUAGAGCCACGGGCACCGAAUGGGUCGCCCCGACAACCCAGGUGCCUCUGCGCAAGGAUUCCGUGGACAACGAUGCCGGAGGCCAGGAGUUGGGCCCGGAGCUGUCAGAAGCAGAGAUCGCCAGGGAGUCCUCCGUGGAGCCCGAGGAGCCUUCUGAGCCGCCUGCGCAGGGCUCGCCAACGAUGCUGCCCGGUCUCUACAUCCUCCUGCGGCCUGCCUUCGUGUCACCAGAGGCCAAGAUCUUCGCACCCGAGGAUGACGAGCUCGUUGCGGAGCUCGAGGAGGGCCAGGAGAUCGAAGUGACAGAGAUCAUCGACUUUGAGUCGGAGAAGCGUGGCAAGCUAAAGGAUCCAGAUGGCUGGAUUACGUUGAUGAGCAAGGCGACUGGAGCAAAGUGGGUUUCUGCUAAGGUUCUUCCGGAGGAUGCUGAACACACAGGUGAUGGCGAAGCUUCGGAGGCUGGGGAAGAUCGAACGCCGCUCAGCAGACGGGUUUCCUUCCACGAAGCAGAGGAGUCCGAGCCGGCGGAUGGAGACUCCGACCCGGAGGACCAAGGUGACAUGGAGGCCGAGGAAGAUGCCGGCGCCGAGCCUGCCGAGCCUGGGACGGGGCCUCUGCAAGAGCUCCUUAUAAGGCCGAAAGGGCGGCGCAAGCUCUUCGACGUCGGCCUCUACGUUCUCCGGCGCCCUGCCUUCGUGUCCCCCAGGGCCGAGCUCUUCGAGCCCGACGACGACGAGCUCGUCGCAGAGCUGGAGGAGGGCGAGGAAAUCGAGAUAGUGGAGGUUGUUGACUUCCGAAAUUUGGGGCGAGUGCGUGGGAAGCUGAAGUCGCCGGAAGGUUGGAUCACCUUGAGGAACUCCGCGACCGGGAUCAAAUGGGUCGCUCCGAAGGAUCCGCCGCCUUACCCGAAGGGAUUCUACAUUCUUUUGCGAUCUGCAUACGUUGCGUACGAUGCCGACAACUUCGCGCCUGACGACGACGAGCUUGUUGCAGAGCUGGAAGAGGGUGACGAAGUCGAGAUUGUGGAGGUAGUCGACUUCGUCGAAGAGGAGAGGGUGCGGGGCAGGCUCUAUGAUCCGGAUGGGUGGAUUACCUUGCUGAACAGAGCCACCGGAGCUGAGUGGGUGACCCCGAAGGUAGAGGCGGAUGCUGGCACCCGAGGCACGUGGAGUUACAUUGCAUGA